AUGGAGCGAUGGAGAGGUGUUCUCAAGGUUCCAUUGAAGAAUCCAGGAGGAAUUCCGGCUCUCUACAGAGUCGCCGUCUCUCUCUACCUUUCAACUCCUUCCCAAACGCUAGCAGUGCCUUCAGCGAACGCCAUACUUUUCCUGGGAGACCGCGUAUCCGGAACUCGGAGCACCGCAAUCCAGAGGCUCUCCGAUCCGCAGAAACUAGCCGAUAUCUUGGUCUCGAAGUUUGGGGAUUCAAUCAACGCCUGGGUCAUCGAGGCUGCUCUCUACAACGGCCCGUUCGCCGUCUACAAAGACUGCAUCCCCACUGUCAAUCAAUGGGGAGAGCCCAAAUCUUACGACCCUUCAGGGUUCCCAGCUUCCAAUUCCACCGCCUCUCUGUUAUCCAACUGCUUGCACGAGAUCAAGCUCCGGCUACCAGCUUCAUCAUCAUCCAAUGGUGGCGUUCCCGAUCCGUUGCCGACGUACAUCCUGGGGUUCAGCAAGGGAGGCACCGUGGUUAACCAGCUAGUAACCGAGCUGAGCUGCCUCGAACCGAGAUCUCUCGGUGGGCGAGAACAACAGCGGGUUCGGAUCAUACCCGAAAGUGGAGAGGUCCUGCUGAGCAGCAUCACCGAGGUCCAUUACGUGGAUGUUGGGUUGAACUCUGCAGGUGCCUACGUCACCGAUCAUGGCGUGAUUGAGAGGAUAGGCAAGCGUUUGAAUGCUGAAGGAGAAGGUGGAGCUGGAAUCCGGUUCGUGCUCCAUGGAGCUCCGAGGCAAUGGUGCGACGACAGGCGGGUGUGGAUACGGGAAGAGAAGGAUGAGCUGAUCCGUCUGCUGGAAAUUGAGGCUGGGAGGAGAAGUGCUGCUGCAGGGAAGUUACAGGUUCGCCAGAAGCUUUACUCCGCUGAUAGGGCCCCUGAUAUGGAAAUGCACUUUGAAGUUCUUGAAGCCAUGGAUGUGACUUGUGAGUCGUGA